AUGCGCUCAGCUCCCUACCCAAGACCCACCCCUGCCAAAGACCAACAGCGUCCACCACGCAAAAAAGCCUGCAAAAGCUGUACAAAAUCCAAAGUCCGUUGCAAUCUUGAGCGACCCGCCUGUUCCCGGUGUAGGUCGCUGGCACGACCCUGCGAAUACACAGUUCCUCUGCCGGAAGCGCCAGCGUCUGAGCCAGACCCUUUCUCCCCGGCGGGGAUCAACUAUGCUGCACCGGGAGGUAGUAAUACAUCAGGUUAUUAUCCCAAUACAUCGGUAUUUGAUGCUUCACCACUAGAUGCAGCAGGGGUGGAUAUGCCACUUCUGCCGUAUAGCACUCCCAGCUCGUGGUCUAGGUCUUCUGGCCAGUCGCGGAGACAGAGACAGGUGUCGAGCGGGCGGAAUCAGAAUCAGGGGACGGGGCUGGAUUUUACGGAUGUGGUCCUCGUUCCCAGUGUUAAUGCAGAGGAUAUUCGGGAUCGAUGGUUACGUCCGUAUAUCUUGCCGCCUUUGGGAAGGGAUGAAGUUCCGAAGGUUUAUCAUCCGUUUACAGUACAGUAUAUAUCGCGCGUGUUGAGUACGUAUCCUCGGUAUAUGCUGAAGGAAGGUGGGGUUCCGCCGAUUAUACACAGUGCGCAGAGACAUGGGACGGAGAUGCCUCGUUCGCUGGCAAAUUGUUACAGUCUGGUGAGGAUGUGGGAGCAGGCUGUUCCUGGGAGUGAGAUGAUGGUUAUGAAUACGGUGGAGCAGGAGAUGGAGAGGUUGGCGGAGGAGCCUCCUAGCCAGAACGACUACGAUUGUCUCGCCGCUUUCCAGGCAUACCUCAUCUACUCGAUCAUGAUCUACUUCUCCCCAUUAAGCAGCACCUCCACCAUAACCGACAAAACCAUGAUCACUCUGAUGGAACUGGCCUUCCGCACCGCGCGAAGCGGACUCUUCUGCGCCUCGGAACUCGCCCGCACACGACCAACCUGGGAAGCCUGGAUACAGGUGGCUGCCAAACGCCGUUCCAUCUUCACCAUGUACAUGUUCAGCAGUGUAUACAACGCCGAUCGACUAUUACCGAACUUUGUAGCCGAUGAAUUGAGAGGCGUGUAUGCCCCGGGUAACAAAGCAUUAUGGGAGGCGGGAGAUCGCGAAUCGUGGGGAAGAGAGUACGAUCGAUACCUGCUGGACUGGGAGGACGGGCAACUGGAGAUCUCCGAGCUGUGGCGGUCGGAACAGACGGGAUCAGUGGAGCGCAGGAAACGGAUUGAGCGAUGGGUGCAGACAGUGGAUGAAUUCGGGAUGAUGAUGUUUGCUGUUUGUGCACAUAUCCAUGGGUGUUAA